AUUGCUAAAUAUUUCCUUAAAUUUGUUUAUGCAGCUUUCUUGCAGGCACUGUCAUGGCUAGCAAUAGCAAUCUCUCCGUCAAGCAUAUCUGUUUUCACUAUCUCUAUAUAUCUUCUUCUUAGUAUUCUAGGAGCUUCAAUAACUGAGGUAAAAAAUGAUGCCAUCGUUGCCGAGUUGGGUAAACAGCCUCCGUCUUCAACCAAGCACUCUCAACAACCAUCUUCCUCAGGCAAUCUUCAAUCCUUUGUUUGGAUAGCUUCCUCUGUAGGAGGAGUCGCCGGCAACCUUCUUGGUGGCAUUUUCAUCAGCCGCUUCUCUCCACAAUCCAUGUUUAUGUUUUUUGGCCUUCUUGUUGCUCUCCAAUUCUUCAUAACCGUUUCGGUUCACGAAAGCUCUCUCGGACUUUCAAAGAAUCCAUCAAUUGGGAUAAAGAAACAGCUUUCAGAACUAUCUGCCGCACUAAGAAAACCUGAAAUCACGUAUUCAAUCUCAUGGUUUGCAUUAUCUUAUGCAGUUGUUCCCUUACUUAACGGAACCAUGUUCAUUUACCAGACACAAUACUUGAAAAUCGACUCGUCAGUGUUAGGUAUCUCCAAGGUUUUUGGUCAGGAAACAAUGCUUCUAUGGGGUAUUAUAUAUAAUCGAUACCUGAAAUCUAUAUCACCUAGGAAACUGAUAUCAGCGAUUCAAGCAACAAUUGCAUUCUUAAUGAUUUCAGAUGUCUUAUUUGUGCACGGCUUCUAUAGACAAAUGGGCGUGCUGGACACACUCUAUGUUGUGAUUUUCUCAGGAUUCUUGGAGGUUCUAUUUUUCUUUAAGUUUCUGCCAUUCACUGUGUUAUUAGCACAGCUAUGUCCACAAGGUUGCGAAGGGUCAAUAAUGGCAUUUCUUAUGUCUGCUGUUGCAUUGGCAUUCAUUGUGAGUGGAUACCUUGGUGUUGCACUUGCAUCUUAUAUUAAGAUAACAGGAAGUGAUUUUUCAGGAUUGUCACUUGGACUUGUGAUACAAGCUUCAUGUACUUUGUUGCCAAUAUUUUGGUCAUCAUGCAUACCUGAAUAUGUAAAAACAAAAGACAAGCAUAAAGACUAA